AUCAAUUUUAAGGGCAAGAGAAACAAACGGAGCUGGUUUCUCCAUUUUUCUCGCAGCUGCCAUUGCUGCAAAAACUUGAGCUCGGACCGGAGAGGUAGAGAAGCAAACCAAAAGCCAUGAAUGCCCCCGACCGAUACGAGCGAUUCGUCGUCCCAGAGGGGACCAAGAAGGUCUCAUACGAGAGAGACACGAAGAUCAUAAACGCUGCGUCGUUUACCAUCGAAAGAGAGGAACACACCAUCGGGAACAUCCUGCGCAUGCAGUUACAUAGAGACGAAAAUGUGCUGUUUGCUGGAUACAAGCUUCCUCACCCGUUGAAGUAUAAAAUCAUUAUCCGGAUCCAUACUACUAGCCAAUCGUCGCCAAUGCAAGCAUAUAAUCAAGCCAUUAAUGACCUGGACAAGGAGCUUGAUCAUUUGAAAAAUGCAUUUGAGGCUGAGAUCGCAAAGUUCUCAAGGGACUACUGAUUUUGGCUUUGAAAAAACUUGGUGGAUAUCCGUUCAAGAUGCAGAGACUCGACAAAGGGGUUACUGACAUGAAAUAGAUUUCCAAGAACUUUGCCUUUUGUUUUCUUUAAGGUAGCUGAAAAAAUGUUGUAACUCUGAAUACGUACGUUCGUCUCUGAAUUUUGAGGUUUGUAUCCAUCGUUAAUAGACUUCAAAAAACAGUUUAUUUUGACCUGUGUACCUUUAAAAGACAUAUUUUGAGUAGUUUUUAGCAUUAAAGAUCCAUUUGAUAA